CCGGAAGAGGUAGGUUUUCGCAUUGACGCUGCUGGUGGUCGCAGGGAGGAGAAUCGCUUGGGCUGCUGCCAGUCUCCUACUCGACUCAAAGGCAGGCUUGCGUACCUUUGCUCCGACUCUCGCGGUCUGCCUGUCUCUAUGGACGGCCACAGGGGAGACGAGGAAACUGGGCGUUUUGUUGACGGGAAAUGGUGAGCCUUCCCUGGUGCUCGGCGGUGCUCACAUCUCGGAAAAGCAGAAGGCAAGGCAACAAACGGGAGAGAGUAGCAGCCGCUAGAGAUGUGCGGUCAGGCCGAGAUUGCGGUAUCCCUGUCUAGGUCCAGGCUGAGCAUAUUGUUCUGAAAGGAAACAGAUAACAAACAGGGGAAGUGAACAUGGCUGGGACCUCGGGCUUUUUUUCCAACGGACCCGUCGCGUGGAUGGACAACAACGCAGAGAUGAACAACCUCUACCGAGACCUGGAGCUGGGCACGGUGCUGACGCUGUUUUAUUCCAAGAAAUCUCAGCGGCCAGAGAGGAGGACUUUCCAGGUCAAGCUGGAGACGAGGACCGUUAUUUGGACUCGCGGCACAGACAAAAUAGAGGGCGAGAUCGACAUCCGAGAAAUCAAAGAGAUCCGACCCGGGCAGAAGUCCCGGGACUUUGAGCGCUAUAUGGAGGACUCUGCAGCCAGGCUGGAUCAAGCUCACUGCUUUGUAAUUCUGUACGGGACAGAGUUUCGCCUUAAAUCACUCAGUCUAGCAGCAACAUCCGAUGAGGAGAUGACCAUGUGGGUGAAGGGGUUGAACUGGCUUGUGGCUGACACGCUGAAGUCCCCAACACCAUUUCAAAUAGAGAGGUGGUUACGGAAACAAUUCUAUGCUGUUGACCGCAACAGAGAAGAUAGGAUAUCCUGUAAGGAUCUGAAGAACAUGCUGAGCCAGGUCAACUACAGGGUGCCCAACAUGAGGUUCCUCCGAGAGAAACUUCCGGACUCAGAGUUGAGGAAUGGAGAAGUAUCCUUCAGCCAGUUUUCCCAACUUUAUCGCAACCUAAUGUUCGAUGCUCAAAAGAACCUGGAGAUCCCAUUUUUGCAGAGGUUCAUUGACAAACCAGAACAGAGGAUCUCCCUUGAGGAUUUUAAGAGCUUCCUCCUUGAUUCUCAAAUGGAUAUGUGGGCCACAGACAGCAGCAAGGUUCAGGAGUUUAUAUUUGGCUACCUGAAAGACCCUCUGAGAGAAGUUGAACAGCCUUAUUUCCUCCAAGAUGAGUUCCUGACAUACCUAUUCUCCAAAGAGAACACCAUCUGGGAUUCCUCCUUGGACCAAGUGUGUCCAGAGAAUAUGAACAACCCCUUGUCCCAUUACUGGAUAUCCUCUUCUCACAACACGUACCUGACAGGAGACCAGUUUUCCAGUGAGUCGUCUCUGGAGGCGUAUGCUCGCUGUCUAAGGAUGGGUUGCCGCUGUAUUGAAUUGGACUGCUGGGAUGGUCCAGAUGGAAUGCCAGUAAUCUACCACGGGCACACCCUCACGACAAAGAUCAAAUUCUGUGAUGUGUUGACCACCAUCAAGGAGCACGCAUUUGUUACGUCAGACUUUCCCAUCAUCCUGUCCAUUGAGGACCACUGCAGUAUUGUCCAGCAGAGGAACAUGGCCACUUACUUUAAGAAACUGUUCGGAGACAUGUUGCUGACCAAGGCGGUGGAUAUCGCUGCGGAUGGCCUGCCCUCACCCAACCAGCUCAAAAAGAAGAUCCUCAUCAAGCAUAAGAAGCUUGCUGAGGGCAGCGCCUAUGAGGAGGUGUCCACGUCUACUCCCUACUCGGAGAACGACAUCAGCAACUCCAUAAAAAACGGAAUCCUAUAUUUGGAGGACCCCAUCAAUCAUGAGUGGUAUCCUCAUUUCUUUGUCCUGACCAGCAGUAAGAUCUACUACUCAGAAGAGACCUCAAGUAAUCAGGGUAAUGAUGAGGAGGAGGAGCACAGAGAGGUUUCCAAUGGGAUGGAUCAGCAUGUUAUGGAAAAGUGGUUUCAUGGGAAGUUGGGUGCAGGGCGGGACGGGCGACAGAUAGCUGAGCGACUGCUGUCGGAGUACUGCCUCGAGACUGGAGCACCUGAUGGCUCCUUCCUGGUUCGAGAGAGUGAGACCUUUGUGGGAGAUUACACACUGUCUUUCUGGCGCUCUGGACGAGUGCAGCAUUGUCGCAUUCACUCCCGUCAAGAGGCCGGCAGCCCCAAGUUCUACCUGACUGACAACCUCGUAUUUGACACGCUAUUUGCCCUCAUCAACCACUACCAGCAGGUGGCGUUGCGCUGCAAUGAAUUUGAGAUGAAGCUGACUGAGCCUGUGCCGCAGACCAAUGCCCAUGAGAGCAAAGAGUGGUACCAUGCUAACCUAUCCAGGAGUCAUGCUGAGAAUAUGCUGAUGAGAGUUCCUAGAGACGGGGCAUUCCUUGUCAGGAAGAGGGCUGAAUCCAACUCAUUUGCUAUUUCCUUCAGGGCUGAGGGCAAGAUUAAGCACUGUCGUGUACAGCAGGAGGGUCAGACUGUGGUGCUGGGCACUUCUGAGUUUGACAGCCUCGUAGAUCUCAUCAGCUACUACGAAAAGCACCCUCUGUAUCGCAAAAUGAAGCUGCGAUAUCCCAUCAACGAGGACACACUGGAAAAGAUCGGCACUGCUGAGCCCGACUAUGGGUCGCUCUACGACGGCCGAAAUCCUGGGUUUUAUGUGGAAGCCAAUCAAAUGCCUACCUUUAAGUGCACAGUAAGAGCCAUGUACGAGUAUAAAGCCCAAAGAGAUGACGAGCUCUCCUUCACUAAAAACGCCACCAUCUCUAAUGUGGACAAACAGGAAGGAGGAUGGUGGAAGGGCGACUGUGGAGGGAAGAAGCAGCUGUGGUUUCCUGCGAACUAUGUUGAAGAAAUCAGUCCGUCAGCCGCAGAGCCGGACAGAAGUCAGGAGAUGACAGAAAACAGCCCUCUCGGAGAUCUGCUGAGAGGAAGUGUGGACGUCUCCUCCUGUCAGAUUGUUGUCCGGCCCGACGGAAAAGGAAGCAGGCCGCACGUCUUCUCCCUGGUGCCGACCACGGCCAUGCGGACGGGCCUGGUGCUGGAAGUUGCUGCCAGCAGUCAGGAGGAAUUAAAGGAAUGGGUGGUCAAGAUCCGAGAGGUGGCGAUGACCUCGGAGGCCAAGCUGGAGGAGGGAAAGAUGAUGGAGAGGAGGAAGAAGAUUGCACUGGAGUUAUCCGACCUGGUCGUCUACUGUAGACCUGUGCCAUUUGAUGAAGACAAAAUCGGCACGGAGCGCGCCUGUUUCCGGGACAUGUCGUCCUUUCCCGAGACCAAGGCAGAGAAGUACGUCAAUAAGAUCAAAGGGAAGAGGUUCCUGCAGUACAAUCGACUGCAGCUGUCCAGGAUCUACCCGCGAGGCCAGAGACUGGACUCCUCCAACUACGACCCUCUGCCCAUGUGGCUGUGCGGCUCGCAGCUUGUGGCGCUUAACUUCCAGACAGCAGACAAGCCCAUGCAGAUGAACCAGGCCUUGUUCAUGUUGAACGGGCGGAGCGGCUACGUCAUCCAGGCCCCCAUCAUGAGGGACGAUAACUUCGAUCCCUUUGACAGGCACACAGUGCGGGGCCUCGAGGAAGUUACUCUUCAGAUCGAGGUGUUGGGUGCAAGGCAUCUACCCAAGCACGGUCGUGGCAUUGUUUGUCCUCUAAUCGAGAUUGAGGUGUGUGGGGCCGAGUUUGACAGCGUCAAGCAAAAAACGGACUCAGAAGCUGAUAAUGGUCUGAACCCCACGUGGCCCAGAAAGCCAUUCCGGUUCGCAGUAUGCAACUCAGCCUUUGCCUUCCUGCGCUUUGUGGUCUACGAGAUCGACAUGUUCAGUGAUCAGAACUUCCUGGCUCAGGCCACGUUCCCCAUUCACAGCCUGAAGACGGGUUAUCGGUCAGUCCCGCUGAAGAACAGCUUCAACGAGGAUCUGGAGUUGGCUUCGUUGUUGGUCCACAUGGACAUCGUCAGAGGAAGACACCUCUCCCCUCAGAAUGAAAAUGGCGAUAUUGUGCUCCCGUUUUCCGUGAGCUCGUCGAGCUCCGCGGCGUCCCAAGCCGCACGGGAACGAUUCGGGGACCGCAGCUCGGUGUCGUCCACGUCCUCCAACGUCUCCCCCGUGCCGCAGUCGCCGGGCCAGGCUGUGGCGGCGGCGUACAGGGGCAGGGACGCCUCCUUCGACUCCCGCUACCAGUCGGCCCUCGACGACUUCAGGGUGUCCCAGGAGCCGCUGCUGGACCACAUGGACACGCAGAACAGAAGGAUGCUGCGGCGGACCCGAGUGGGUGGAGAGAACCGCGUCUAAGUCCAAAAAGCCAGCCCGACCCCGCCCUGAGCUGCCCCCUUCCCUCAUCCGCAUGCCUCUGCCCGUACUGAUGAUGUCACUGACUGCUGUGAACACUGUUUCCAUGGAAACGCCCGCCACCGCUUUGGCCUACAUUUCAGGCAGCACGCACGGCGCCCCAACCCCCCAACCGUGACACCAGAGAGGAUACUGGCUGCUGCACACAGGAAGAAGAAGAAAGACGUUCCAGCUGCUCUCGCUCGUCUUUCCUGAGAGCGAAAGUUUGAAACUGCUUUCUGUUCCAGGUUGUUUACUCAUCUCCGUAUGUAAACAACAACAUGAACUCAAUGUAUUUAUUCCUGCUGCGCUAUCGACUAGAGGACAGCGGCACCCCUCCUGCUCUCAAAGAGCUCCCGUCUCCCUUGUUUUUAAUUAUUCCAAUUAUUUAAGCAUUCAUAAUGUGACCUUUCCGUUUCCUUUUUAUGUAUAUGUGUAAAACACGAGGGCUCUGCGACUGUUUUUAACAUCUCUGUGCUUCGGAGGACAUUGUGCACCUCCCUCUUACAUAUUUGACUUUUCAUUUUGGGGGAAAGGAAUCAGGAUGAAGUCAUAGCUGGUGAGACAGCAGACAUAGCCAUUUUCUUUUCUUUUUUGUUACAUUCCAAACAAAAAUUGCACAUGAUUUAAUUUUCACGUUACAAGGCAGGCAAUCUGGCACAUUCAGAGAUCGGCCUCGGGGCUCGAUCGGGUGAUCUUUCGUUUGCCCAAAUUGUCCGGCCGGUCGCGCAUUAGAGCAAUUGUGAUGCCGGUAUUGGAUUCAUGUCAGCAAAGCGUAUUUUUAUCAUCACGUCUUCACGGCCAAACAGUGAAAAUGUGGUGAUCAGAAAACCCUCCACUAUUGUGAACGUGUUGCCAAAGUUAGUCUUUUUUUUUUUUUUGGUUUACCCACCUGGAAGUGGGGAAAAAUAUGCCAUGUUUAAUAUGUUUCACCACUGCCAUCAUGCGUUUUAGAGAUUCCAAGUUGCACUGCCGCUGUGCUUUCAUUUAAAUGUAAACAAGCGUCUUCAUUCACGCCUUCUGCAUGUUUGUACACUCAAAGGAUGUCAAGGUGCCUUCAGUGGGUCCACUCGGAGCUUGUAUACGACGUUCCCAGUUUUGUUUUCUCUGUUGUGACGUAAAGUCAGUAUUGUCGCUCGGUGUCUGGCCACGGAGACACACCCAAGCCAUAAGGUAUAAUGAGGCGAGAGCAGGGAUGCUCGGGAACACUUGUUGUCCCACUGAAAGUUUUCAGCAUCAUGCGUGUGUGACUGCAUACCCCGUGCGGCCUCUCCCAACCAGCCGUCUGCUUCAUUACUGCAAAUGUCUGUCUACAGUCCCCAACGUUCACCUGCAGCGACAUGGUAAACACCUGUUUUGACUGACCGGGUCUCAGCAAUGCGCAAUGUCGACAAAACGUUGCCUUGCGCCCUCCAAUAAUUUUUUAUUUUUUUGUGUUUUGUUUGUCUUGCCUUUUUUUUUUUAUUUAAAAAAGGUUCAUACAGUAAGAGGUCAAACUGAUGAGAGUCCCACAACACCUGCGAAAUGUGUGUGUGUGUGCAGGGCCCUUAAGUGUCUUUUUUUGUUUCCUCACUUGACAGUCUCGCCUUUCUGUUAUGUGCCUAAACUAUGGAGAGGAAAAGUAUUCAUUUUAAUUUUGCCUUUCAUAAACAUAUUCAAGCCUGAGAAGUAAAUAAAAUACUGCUUUAUACAA